AUGACGAAAAAUCUCGGAUGGGCACAACCAGGUUCGGGCCUUCAAGUCGCCCACGCAUGGACUAAGGUGCUUGAAAAAUGGGAUGACAUUCUACAGCUGACGUGGGACGACUCGUUUGUUACACUCGGCAAAGGCUCCCGCACGAAAGAGAAGGUAAAGGAGUUGCUUGUUGGCGAGUGUGACAAGUUAUUCACUGUGCGCAUCGACGACCACGAGGACGAGACGCUGGUGGGCCAGGGGGACGGUACAGACGGCGAAGCUGCUAUGGAAGUUACGGACGGGGAAGUUGCGAGUGAGGGUCGGCUACCAAUGGAAGUGCAAGCAUCGGGUGAAGAAAUUGAUUGGCCGGAUCCUCAGUCCGAGAACGACAACCAGAUAGUGCGAACUAUCGUAGAGGCGGCAUCAUCGACCUUGGUGUACACCCGCAGAGGAACAACGGGAAUGCAUGGUAGUGCAAAUCAACAUCAGGCUUCGGUGGGGAAUGGAGGUGGGCUACCAGAGAGUGUGACUAUCGAGAUAGAUGCUGUAGAGAACGGGAACGCAGAGGUGUUGCGCGGCAGCAAGCAAGAUUCUGGGCCAGGAACAGUAGAUCCAGACAGAGAAAUGGUUGCUGCAGCAAAGGCAAAGGCUGCAGAGAAGGCGAAAUCAAUGGCAGAGGAGUUCAGACGCAUAGAGGAGGUAACGCGACGUGUGCGGAAGGAGGCGGAAAUGGCAAGGGCCGCAGACGAGCGUACAAGGAGGGAGGAGGACCGGCAGAGUGUAGAUUGUGUGAAGAGGGUGAGGGCUGCGGGCGAGGCUACGGGACGCAUGGAGGAGGCGCGCCGUACAAUUGAGGUUGCUGAGAUGGCGGCGCUGGCAGCAGGGAAACUAACACGGACGCUGGAUGAAGGUGCGAGAUUACGCACCGAGGAGGAGACGCGUAGUCAACUCGCAGCAAAACAGGCGAAUGCCGCAGAGGAGCGGAAGAGAGCGGCAGAGGAAGUUAUGAGAACGCAGGCCGCAGAGAGAGCCAGGGUUGGGGCAGAGGCAAAAUUGCGGAUAGAGGAUGAGGCAGCUAGUCUGCGGGAGGACGCAGAUAGGGCGACCGCUGCAGAGAGGGGUUCAAGGCUUGAGGCAGCGGAGAUGGCACACAGAGAGGUCGAGGCGCGGCAUGCAAAGGAGGCGGCUGAGACGUCGCAGGCCGGGGAGGACCGGAAUAGGGCGGAUGAACGGCAGAGGGCAGCUGCCGCAUUAAGGGCCAGGCUAGAGGCAGAGGAAAAGCAACGCAAAGAGGAGGAGGCCAUGCGUGCGACAGAGAAUGUAGAGAGGGCGAGGUCCGCAGAUGAGGGCAAGAGAGCGGAGCAGGAACGGCAGAGAGCAGAGGCUGCAGAUAGGGUGAGUGCGGAAGCAGGUGCGAUAGUUCGUAUAGGAGUAGAUGCCCGGCGUGCAAUAGUGCAGGCAGAAAAGUCGACAGCACUAUUGGAGAGAACGAGAGCUGGAGAUGAACGGCUAAGGGAAAAUGCUGACGAGAGGGUCAGGACGGAGGCUGCAGCGCUCGUUCGCAAAGAGGAAGAGGCGCUGCGUGCUAGAGAUGCGGCAGAGAGGGCGAGGGCCGCACAGGAGCGCAUGAGAGAGGAGCAGGAACGUCAGAGGGCAGUGGCUGCAGAUAGGGUCAGGGCGGAAGCAGCUGCAAUGAUUCAUAGGGAGGAAGAGGAGCGGCGGGCAAGGGAGGAGGCAGAUGAGGCGAAGGCCGUAGAGGAGCGAAGGAGAGCGGAACAAGAACGGCAGAGGGAAGAGGCAGAGGAGAGGGUCAGGACGGAGGCUGCAGCGCUCGUUCGCAAAGAGGAAGAGGCGCUGCGUGCUAGAGAUGCGGCAGAUAGGGCGAGGGCCGCAGUGGAGCGCAUGAGAGAGGAGCAUGAACGUCAGAGGGCAGUGGCUGCAGAUAGGGUCAGGGCGGAAUCCGCUGCAAUGAUUCGUAGGGAGGAAGAGGAGCGGCGGGCAAGAGAUGAGGCAGAUGAGGCGAAGGCCGUAGAGGAGCGAAGGAUAGCGGAACAAGAACAGCAGAGGGAAGAGGCAGAGGAGAGGGUCAGGACGGAGGCUGCAGCGCUCGUUCGCAAAGAGGAAGAGGCGCUGCGUGCUAGAGAUGCGGCAGAUAGGGCGAGGGCCGCACAGGAGCGCAUGAGAGAGGAGCAGGAGCGUCAGAGUGCAGUGGCUGCAGAUAGGGUGCGGGCGGAAGCAGCUGCAAUGAUUCGUAGAGAGGAAGAGGAGCGGCGGGCAAGAGAUGAGGCACAUGAGGCGAAGGCCGUAGAGGAGCGAAGAAGCUUGGAACAUGAACGGCAGAGGGAAGAGGCAGAGGAGAGGAUCAGGACGGAAGCAGCAGCGCUCGUUCGCAAAGAGGAAGAGGCGCUGCGUGCUAGAGAUGUGGCAGAUAGGGCGAGUGCCGCAGUGGAGCGCAUGAGAGAGGAGCAGGAACGUCAGAGGGCAGAGGCUACAGAUAGGGUGCGGGCGGAAGCAGCUGCAAUGAUUCGUAGAGAGGAAGAGGAGCGGCGGGCUAGAGAUGAGGCAGAUGAGGCGAAGGCCGUAGAGGAGCGAAAGAGAUCGGAACAAGAACGGCAUAGGAAAGAGGCAGAGGAGAGGGUCAUGACGGAGGCUGCAGCGCUCGUUCGCAAAGAGGAAGAGGCGCUGCGUGCUAGAGAUGCGGCAGAGAGGGCGCGGGCCGCAGAGGAGCUCGUGAGAGAGAGGGUGGAACGUCAGAGGGCAGAGGCUGCCGAUAGGGUCAGGGCGGAAGCAGCUGCGAUGAUUCCUAGAGACGAAGAGGAGCGGCGUGCAAUAGAGGGGGCAGACAAGGCGAAGGCGGUAGACGAGCGAAGGAUAGCGGACCAUGAACGGCAGAGGGAAGAGGCUGAGGCGAGGGUCAGGACGGAGGCAGCAGCGAUCGUACGCAGAGAGGAAGAGGCGCAGCGUGCUAGAGAGGCGGCAAAAAGGGCGAGGGCCGCAGAGGAGCGCAUGAGAGAGGAGCAGGAACGUCAGAGGGCAGAGGCUGCAGAUAGGGUCAGGGCGGAAGCAGCUGCAAUGAUUCGUAGGGAGGAAGAGGAGCGGAGGGCAAGAGAGGAGGCAGAUAAGGCGAUGGCCGUAGAGGAUCGAAGGAUGGCUGCAGCGACACAGCGGAUGAGGGACGAGGCAGACCUGUUAUCUCGCAGAGAGGAGGAAGAGCGGCAUAGACAACCUGUAGAUAGGGUCAUGGGCGAGGCAGAGGCGAUUAUACGUAGAGAGGAGGAGGAUCUGCGGAGGGUUGAGAACGUCAUGCAAGGAGCGGCCAUACUAGAGGAGACUGAUGAUGGGUUUGUGGAGGCGGGAACAUCCGGAGUUGGUGGAGGUGUGGCCGGAGUGGCAGAAGUCCUGAGACGGCUAACGUUCGUCGCGCAGGCCGUGGCCAGCAGCUCCGCACAACAGAAUGCUAGGAUUAGUGGCAACCUCCGCCAACUCCAAUCUGCGUGUACGCGCAUUGCCCGGUGGACAGAGGACUACAACGAAGACACUGAAAACAUGCUGCGGGAGUACAGAGAGGCUAAGGCGAUAGCUAUCAUCGAACGUCAGAGGGCAGCGCAGACACGCACGGAAAUCAACACUUCUAUACAGGGGCUCCAUCGCAGAGUAGCGGAAUCAGUUCAGCGCGCAGUGGCACGGGAGUACGUGACGCUGUUGAGCUCGUUAAAGGAGCAUGUGAAAGAGGGGGUAGAUGCGGCAAUGGGCCGGGCGGCGCUGGAGGGAAGACUUAGGGUGGUUCUACCCAACGACUACAUGGAGACGAUGAAAAAGGCGGUUGUCGCCAACGUCCAGGAAACACUGGCGGUGGUCAAGUCUGCGAUGGAUGAGAAUUGCCAGAGGCUUGAGACUUUGAAAGCCGACAUCCUGGCAGCCGUGGAUGAGAAGCUGUCUGGGAGGAUACAUGUCGGCCAGGUUCCGGCCCCGCGACACAACCCGCCGUCUGCCCCGCAUUUCUCCCAACCUUUCACGUGUGACAACUCCCCAGAUGCAGCGCUCGCGGCGGCCGCGAACAUGGUCGAGAGAUGGGGGUUUGCAGGCCGACAGGAGAUGUUGGAGUCGGAAAGACGUACAGAGACGGGAGGGGAACACACCAGCGUUGAAAGGGAGGCGCAGAUGGGACGUGGCGAACCCACGGCGGUGACCAGUGUCGGGCGGGCUGACAAGGAUGGAGAACGUGCUAGUGAGGCUGCGGAGCAACAGCGGCGCAUGGAGGAAGCAGAGCGGCAGAGAGCACUCGUCGAGGAGCAGCGUACUGCCAGAGAGGCGAAAGAGGCGAGGCUAAGAGUUGAGCAUGAACGUGCGGCGGCGCAGAGGCGCGCAGCGAGGGCGGCAGCACUUUCGAUGGCAGAGUCAAGGCGCAAGCGCCUUGAGGAGGAUGCUGCACGGGAGAGGGCAGACGCGGAAAGACGGCAAAGGGAAAUGGAGAUUGAGCGAAAGCGACUUGAAGACGAGCUAGAGCGUUUGGCAAAGGAGGACGAGCAAGAGAUCACGGCAGAGGAACGGAUGCAAAGCGAUCACGUGGCGGAUCCGGGUGUAACAGCUACUGACAGUUGCAAUGUAGAGGGGCCGCGAGAACGUACGGUGGAGGAUUCGGAGGGAGUUGUGGAAGGGGGUGUAUCUGCACGAGAAGCACCCGCACCACCAGCCCUUUUUACGAGGACGAUAACAGGAUCCCUCUCUGGACGGACAGCACAACGUGGUAUCACGAUCGCCACCUCCAUGGUAGAGAGAGCUAGGAUGGCGCGGCAGAUGGAUGCGCAGUCUACGGAGGCGGUAGCUGGAUCUACCCCACUGUUGCAUUUCGACGUGCGAGAAGGCACAAAUUGGGGUACCGCAGGAGACCAAAUCGAGGAGUAUACUGGUGUGCCCUCGAUUGCGGCAGAUCAAGCCACAUUACCACGCCGGGAAGCCGUAGAAGCUGAAGGGCGCAGAACACCAAACCUGGAUAACGUGCGGUCUGUAGUCGAAAUUUUUGCAGAAGAGGACAGCUGCGCGCGAAUGCGCAUGGAGAGGGAGCAAAGGCGUGCAGGGGCUGCGGAAUACAGAGCGCAGAAAUCUGCAGAGAUGCUGGAGCGAGAUGCAGGAGCUGGGCAGAGUCAAUGCGAAGAUGCUGGGUGGAUCACGAUGAAUGUGGAUCGUACGGAGAGGGGGGCAGAUGGUGCUUUACGAGUUGUCCAUCACAAGGAACUGAUGGUCACCCAAGCCGCAGAUGGUGACCGGAGACGUCAACGCGUACAAUCGGAGAGUGACGCUGAAAGGCCUGCAGCGAAGAGGCCGUGCCCUUCCAACAAUUCACAGCCAGGGGAUGCGGGUGUGCAUGUAGUAGACGCAACGCGGGGUGGGGUCGAUUUGCCCGCCAUUGGGUCCGGUGUUCUACAGGUGCUGCAAGCUGGCGACGCUGAUGUAGAGAGGGCCGACGAUGAUUCACACGAGCAGCCAGUUCCUGAGGCGGACGACGAGGGUAAGAGACCUGGAGUGCAUCGGCCGUUCAAGGCGCCGGGAUUGUUCGAGAGAAACAAAAACGAUCCUGAGAAGAUGCGGUACACAUCAGAGCAGACGUUAGGGGGCAAGAAGCGGAACAUGGGGUCGCAUAAGGAGGCGUGGAGUAGAAACUUCACCGUAUGUGUUUGCUGGCUGGCGUACUUCCCGGAUUGCAACUUGUCGUCUUACGGGAUCCCCGCCACAGAUAUUGAAAGGUGGCGCGAUGAACUCCAAUUUGCGGUAUCUCUGCCGACUGGCGUGUGGAGUGUCAUCAACGAGCUGUCGCUGGACAGAUAUGCCAAGUGA